GAGCCACCGACGCAGCCCUGCCUAUUAUUUCUCUUGAGGUUCUUCCCUCUUGCUCUUGUCAUACAGUUUGGAGAUGCCGUUUUCUGUAGGCAAAUGUUACAACUGAUAGUUAUGUAGGAUAUCUGCGAGAGUAAAAGUUAAAUCAUUUUUCGAACGUUGAGUGUUAUUCGACGGCUACUUUUUCAGGAAGUGGUCCAUCACGUGCAGAAAGAGAAAGGGGGUAACAGUACAUUCGCCGAUGCUCUAUCCGCAAUUGUCAUGUCGUUGUAUUGUUUCUUUUGACGGUUAAUUAUUUAUUAAUUAACUAUGAAAUGUGGGCUGGCAAUUAGGCUUAAGUCGUUCAGUGUUUUGCCUUGGGAGUGGUUGGUUUUGCGAGCAUUAUUUGGCACCCCCCCAAAAAUACAUAUUUUUCAACGACAGACAUCCACCCAUGGUCGUGGUACGCGCAGGCUACCUGACCAAUGUUUUUUGUUUUGACAAUUGUUUUUUUAUCGGAUAUAACAAACUGCUCUGUUCCUGACAUACACCCACAUUCAUCACUGGAAACACAGAAUUGCUUUAAAAAAUGUUAGUAUAGUAAUGGUGCGAUAGUGACAAGAAACCUAUUUUGGGUUCAUUUUAUUUCCAGAAUGAGGUACAUCAUUGAUGCCUUUCUUCACAUGAAUAAUCAACCAAACAUGAAGUGGAUAGCCUAGAAGGCUAUUCGGACAGUUUUCUAGACAAUUGUCGUGUUCGGUGCUUUUUACAAUGAAAAUGAGUAUUUGAGGAUACAAUUCUGUCUCACUGCUCUCGAACCUGGGGUUGCGGGUAGGAAAGGCGGCUAUUGCCUUGAACACUGGCUAGGCGGUGGAGCUGCCAAUGUCGACCGUUAUCUUCGGUAGAAUAUAAUCUUGUAUAUAACUGUUACCUACAUAAAAACCAAGUAGCCUAAUAGAAAGGAUACCUCAGGGACAAUGUCUUCUCGUGCAGCACUACCUGGGAACGAGCGGAAAUCGGACCUCCAUACCUCUCUCUCGACGAGCCGCUCGGAGAAGAGCACUGGUUGGUCGAGCAGAUCACUCGGAGCACGAUGCCGGAACUCUAUCGCCUCGUGUUCGGACGAGCAGCCGCACAUCGGCAACUACCGUCUGCUCAAGACCAUCGGCAAGGGCAACUUCGCCAAGGUCAAACUGGCCAGGCAUAUCUUGACGGGCAAAGAGGUUGCAAUAAAGAUCAUUGACAAAAAUCAGCUCAACCCGACCAGCCUACAGAAGCUCUUCAGAGAGGUACGCAUCAUGAAAGGCCUCAACCACCCAAAUAUCGUGCAGCUGUUUGAGGUGAUCGAGACAGAGAAUACACUCUAUCUGAUAAUGGAGUACGCCAGUGGGGGUGAAGUGUUUGACUACCUCGUGUCCCAUGGGAGAAUGAAAGAGAAAGAGGCGCGGGCCAAAUUCCGUCAGAUUGUGUCUGCUGUACACUACUGUCACCUGAAGAACAUUGUUCACAGGGACCUUAAAGCUGAGAACCUCUUGCUGGAUGCCGACUCCAACAUCAAAAUCGCAGACUUUGGCUUCAGUAACGAGUUCACCAUGGGCAACAAGCUGGACACGUUCUGUGGCUCCCCUCCCUAUGCCGCUCCGGAACUGUUCCAGGGGAAGAAGUACGACGGUCCUGAGGUGGACAUCUGGAGCCUGGGGGUCAUCCUCUACACACUGGUCAGCGGAUCACUGCCCUUCGACGGGCAGAACCUCAAGGAGCUGCGGGAGCGUGUUCUGCGGGGGAAGUACCGCGUGCCCUUCUACAUGUCCACCGACUGCGAGGGCAUCCUGCGCAGGUUCCUGGUGCUCAACCCCACCAAACGCUGCACCCUGGAGCAAAUCAUGAACGACAAGUGGAUUAACUCUGGCUACGACGGAGAAGAACUGAAGGCUCAUAUAGAGCCCCUGGAGGACCAUAAUGAUGGCAGCCGCAUCGAGGUGAUGGUGGGGAUGGGUUACACCCGUGAUGACAUCAAGGACGCUCUGACCACUCGGAAGUACAACGAGGUCACCGCCACCUACCUGUUACUGGGACGCAUGAAUGAGGUGGAGGGCAGUGAGUCUCGGUCAACCAGCAGUCUGAGCCUGGCGCGGGUACGGCCCAGCACCGUCACCAACGGCACCAGUAAACACUCUACCUCCUCCACCACCUCCGCCUCCUCCUCCCACAGCAAGACCACCCAGCGCAGCGCCUCCACCUACCACCCCCGCAGGAGGCACAGUGACUUCUGCGGUCCAGCAGCGCCCCCAUCCCACCCCAAGCGUAGCCCCAGCAGCGUGGCGGGGGCAGACAGGGAGCUGAAGGAGGAGGGGGGGCGCAUGGCGUCCCGUAAGGUCAGCAGCAGUGUGGUGGGCAGCCGUUCCAUCCAGCCCCCCUCCAGCCCCAUGGUCAGCAGCGCCAACAACCCCAACCAGUCAGAGAUUCCCGACCGCCGCAAGGAGAUUAACACCGCCACGAACAACGUCCCAGCAAGUGCCAUGAUCCGCCGGAACACAUACGUGUGCACCACGGACCGGAACAGCACAGACAGGCCCUCCCUGCUGCAGAACGGCAAGGAGAACAGCUCCAUGUCCCACCGGCUGCCCCCGGCCUCACCCUCCACCCACAGCAUCGCUGGGGCCUCGGGGACCUCCUCCUCUUCAGGCUCCCGCCUCACCCGGGGCUCCAGCAUCCGCAGCACCUUCCACGGGGGCCAGCUGAGGGACCGGCGGCCUCCCUCCCAUGCACCCCCCACCUCCCCCACUCUGUCCCACGACGCCAGCCCCCUGCCGCACGCACGUACCCGCGCCACCUCCAACCUGUUCAGCAAGCUCACCUCCAAGCUCACGCGCAGGGUCACAGACGAACCUGAGAGAGUCUGCAGAUCUCCGGUCACAAGUCGCCAUCUACCUGGGCAUCAAAAAGCGGCAGAGCCCCGGACCCCCCGAUGCGGCUGGGAUGUGAGGGUGCGGAGCCCGCGGGACCCGGCAGAGGUGGUGCUGGCGCUGCGCGAGGCGGCCCAGGGCUGCGGCUGCCAGGUCCACCUGGCUGGGCCCUUCCUGCUCUCCUGCACCCACGGGGCGGCUGGCUCACGCGUGGCCUUCGAGGCUGAUGUGUGCCAGCUGCCCGCAGGCCCCGCCGAGACCAGCGGCGUGCGCUUCAAACGGCUGUGGGGGGCGCCGCUCGCCUUCCGGGACAUCGCCACAAAAGUGUCCAAGGAGCUGGAGCUCUGAGGGCGACAGGGGGUGGGGCAGAGGGCUUCUACACUGGACAGACUGACUGAGGGGGCGGGAGAAGGAGACGGGCAGAACCCGCUACCCCCACUGCCAACCUCGCCUCACCCCCGCCAAAGACCCGCUUCUGGUGCCACACUGACACACAGGCACGGAUGGUCCGGGCCCGCCACUCACAGACCUAUGACCUACAAACCCUGCUAAGGCACCUCAAUAUUAUGUGAAUCUACGGAGUCAAGCAGUUAUUUUUUAAUUCCAUAUUUGCAGAUGAAAAUAUUUUUCGUCAAUGUCGUUAUGAUUAUAUUUGUUGUCGUUCCUUUUUAACAGCUGCUAUUUAAAAGUUUUUUUCAUUUAGUUUUUCUUGUUUUCGCUUCAAUGAGUGAUUGACGCAGACUAAAUGCAUAUUUAAGAAACAAGGGACCAGCCCUUUCCUAGACAGACCUCCAGGCUAUAGAGCAGGGGUGUCAAACUCAUUUUACCCUGGAGGCCGCAUUCGGUCUUCAACGAGGUCCGGAGGGCUGCACUGAAAAUGUGACAUAUUUCUUCGCAGUCAAUUUUCCAAAAAUAGUCCUCUACCCAUAGUUUUUUUUAAAUGAUUAUGCUCUAGCUUUAGACUGCCUAGCUUUAUUUGGGAGAUUAUUAACAAGCUGGACACAGUCAAUAAACUGUAUGAAUGUAGGUCCAUUAUCUUAUCAUUUCUACACAGUUUCAAUUUGGUUGUAGUUAUUUUAAAGUAUACCAUUGUUCUGUUUUGUUUUACUGAAACCCGCGGGCCAGAUUGGACCCCCUCACGCACCGAAUCCUGCCCGUGGGCCGUAUGUUUGACACGCCUGCUAUAUAGGGAGACAUGCAGAAAUGCAGAGACGGACAACAACAAAAACAAUGCUGGAAAACAAAAUGCCAGAUUCUUCUGCCCAUCCAUCGCAUCUGCUCAAUUCUGUAAGGCCCCCUCUGCUACUCUCGUCAAGUUUCAUUUUGUGUUUUGUAUAUACCGGUAUGUUGGUUACCAAUGAGCAAAGCUGUCUGACUUCAAUGUCCAAAACAGAGUAGGCGAUGACUGCUCUUCUGAGCCACUAACCCUUUGAUUUUCUGCGUUUCAGCAGGUAAUGUACACAGGCAUUCUACACAUUCUUCUGGGAGCACUUUUGAUUUAGCAAUAUCACCUCUUCAAUUGUAUUUCCUCUUAAAUGGUACAGCACAUCCACCAGGCCAAGAUUCCAAACAUGAUUUGAUAUAAGCGGUGUUUAGUAUAAUGUUGGGGAACAUCAUUUGUCACAUUUCAAGGAAUCUCAAUGGAUCACUUUUUUUGUAUAAGAUGACCCAAGAUCGCGUAAAAAAAGAGAAUUGGAUCAACUCCUAAUUUUCUGCUCAAAAAGAAAAUAGUAUCAUUGAUCACACAGACUAACAACUACAGCGAUGCUUGUUGAAUUGCAUUCAGUAUUUCAAUUGGUCAGCAAAACAGGCGUUAUGUAGCCGCUUCCCUUCUGGUAACCAAUCAGCCUUCUGUAUUCCUGAGUGACGUAUGAGAGUGAGGUUGGUAGUUUAGAAUGUGACCCUGGGUGACGUUGAAAUCAACCCUGACACUCUUCUAUAAAUGAAGCACGCUCCCAAGCUCCUCACAAUAGAUCCAAGUCGGGUAGAUAGUCAAGGCCUGAGUGAGUGACUGUUUGUCACUGGCUUUGGUUUGCACCAAUAAACAGUAAUGGUCCUUGUCGCCUGGCAGUGGGUCACAGCAGCAGACAUGCCAGAACUUCAUUCCCAGUUGGUGCAGUGAGCUGCAGUGGGCUCUUCUAAAGCCCUCAGAACCAUGUUUCUAUUUUCUCAGCUCAGACUGUUGGUGUCGCUGAAUGUUCCUCAACCUUUCUUGUUUGCUGAAAGUCUGUCUGGUCUUUAAAUGGCUCAAAGAUUCAUCAAGAGUGGAUGUUCUCAUUACAGAAUGUGUUUGUCACUGUUCCAGUAUGAUGACAUCUCUACAGUAUGUAACAUCCCAGUUAUAUUCCGUAACCUGUGACACCCCUGACCAUCUUCACCAGCCUGCCCACACUGGACUGCCUGCCCAACACAAUCUUCAGUCGUUUUCAAACUCCACCAUUUUCCACCUUAUUCCUUUUGGCAAAAUUUAAAUUGCACACGUGUAUGGCAGUAUUACAUAGUAAUCCAGGACACUACUAUGACUUCAGUUUGCCUGUUGCAAGGAAUCAUGGGAGUUUUUAGUUGCAACAGGUGGCCACAAAUGUCUUAAAAUGUGAAAGCUGUGAUUUAGGGCAAUUCUUUUGCAACUUUGCCCAAAAUAGGACCUCUUGCCCAACAAUUCCCAUCUGUAUUGCUAAAAGCUUAGGACCAUGCUUCAAGAGUAGGAAGUCGUUGUGUGCGUUUGAAGCCGUCGCUGUUAUCGAUAAAACGGGGUGCAACUAUGGAAAUGACUGACCUGCAGUCCUGCAUGUCUCCUGAGGAAAAUUGUAUGAAGCAAAAAUAAAUUUCUCCUUUCAAAUUCUGA